AUGGCCAGCGGACAGACAUGGGCAGUCGGUGAAUGGUUGGACAUGUACGGUAUAGCAGCAUCGCAGGUCGCGCGCCAAAUCGCCUCGCGAACUAAUCAGUUUGAUCUGCAGACACUGUUCCACGUUCAGGCGGCGCGUGGGGAGGUGCAGCCGUUGGAAAUCCUGGACCAUGGGAGACUACGUUGCCGUGGGUCACGACAAAGGUCGCAGGGAAACUUGAAUUAUGUUAAUGACGUUGUACCCAUGACUGGAAUGGAGCGGCUGUUAUGUGUCGUGGCGCCUGUUUCACCCUGGACACUGGACAUGACUGCUUCGGCGACAUGGCGCUGGCGCCGAUGUAUGGCCAUUAUGCUUCUGGGCCCGCUUCCCCGUCCCCAGUACACCUGA